AUGACUUUCGAUCCUAAAACAUAUCAUGACACUCAUUGGACACUCUCAAACCACAUUUCCUCGCUAAACGUUCUGGACGGAACCAUUUGGCAGCAUGGCGAAUCUGGACUGGAGCUCAUCGACGAAAACAAUGAGCUUCCUGUCAAACUUGUCACAGUUGGGCGAGUUUCCGCCUAUCGCCUGAAAUGUGGACCUGCGGGAAACCACAUUGCAAACGGGAUGAGCCCUCUUGAAAAAGCCAAAUACCAGUUCCAUAUUUCGAGACCAGCGCAUCACGACCUUGCAGAAGACUACCAAGCCGGUAUCUCCACCCUGGAGGCGUUGCAGUCACAAGUCGCGACCACGAAACACCGUGGAAGUAUGAUCGUGGAGGACGUGACAGGGAAGAUGAUACGGUUUAUCAAAAAUGUAUUCACCUUGAGGGAAAACGCCAUACCUGACUCCCCUCAUGGACAGGCAGUCGAAGGAGCGCCUCAGAUGGACCAGGAAACAGCAAACUGGCCCAUCCCGGACGAAUUCGCAUUACCCUUCGAUAGCAUCAAAUACAUCUACAAACCCACACCCCUUCCUGUCUUCUACGAAGGAGACCUCAUUGAUCCCAUCCACACCAAUACAGCUCUGAACGGAUCUAUAUCGGAGAUCGAGUUCACUGUACGUCAUUGGAAAAUUGAAGACCAUGAUACUUUUCAAGCCUCAGUGGAAAAGAUCACCAUUCUGAGGCUUGGCGCGGUCCACCACAAGACUAACUAUAAACGCCCGCACGUUAACAACGACAAAGACCAACCAGAAAAGAAGAAAAUUCACCGAGAUGCUGAUGCAAGCAGUUCGAAAGCCUAG